AUGGCAGAGAUCAAUGCUGUGGUAAACCAUUCAAAUGCAAGCGCAAAUGGACCCAGGAAAGUGAGCUCCAUAGAGGAAUCUAGCCCCUUUCCGGUCCCAGGGCAGGGACCAGGGGUGCUAGAGAUGCGUGUGAAGGAAGGCAGCAAAAUCCGAAACCUACUGGGCUUUGCCAUGUCCCGGAUACAAGGAGAGGGUGGCCAGUCUGUGGUGUCACAAGUUCUGUUCACUGGCUCGGGUCGAGCCAUCACUAAAACCAUUACCUGUGCUGAGAUCAUGAAACGUAAAGUGCUGGGUUUGCACCAAGUAUCCAAGAUCCAGUACAGGACUGUGAGAGAGGUAUGGGAGAGUCAGGAGGGCUGCAGAACACAGACAACUAUAAACAGGACUGUUCCUUCCAUCUCUAUCCUCCUCUCCAAAAAUCCACUAGAUCCCCAGGAGCCAGGAUACCAGCCCCCAGAUGACCUGUUCUCUCAAACAAAGGAAAAGGAUGAAGACAAUACCCCACUAGACCUGGGAAAGAGACACUGGAGUUGUUACUCACCUGUAGUUUUGUCCACCUCUAAAAGAGCCUGCCUAGAGGAGGACAAACACACUGCUCCGUAA